GGAGCCUGUCCUGGAACUAGCUCUUGUAGACCAGGCUGGCUUCAAACUCGCAAAGAUCCACCUGCCUCUGCCUCCCAAGUGCUGGGAUUAAAGGCGUGUGCCACCACCGCCCGGCUAUUUAACUUUUUUUUGAGGUACAUGUAUUGAAGUUUGAAAACUUUUCUCUGAUAACUAGUUCUUAUGAUUUUGAUGCCUCUUUAUUAUUAAGUGGUUCUAAAUACAUUGUCCUUUUUUGUGUGUGUGUGUGUGUUAAAGAUGAGGUUUCAUGUAACCCUCUCUCUAACUGGCCUGAAACUUGGUGCUCAAACUUGCUGUUAGCCACUGUAGUUUUUGGUGCCUGUCCUGGAACUAACUCUUGUACACCAGGCUGACCUCAAACUCACAGAGAUCAGCCUGCCUCUGCUUCCCAAGUGCUGUGAUUAAAGGUGUGCGCCACCCCUGCCCAGCUGUUUUGUUUUUGUUUUUUGAGACCGAGUUUCUCUGUGUAGCCCUGUCUGACCUAGAACUUGCUUUGUAGACCAAGCUGGUCUAGAAUUCAGAGAUUUGCCUGCCUCUGUGAGUUCUGGGACUAAAGGCAUGCAUCACUACGCCUGGCCUGCUUCCCUUUUUGAAUGAUUUAAUUUUGACUAUUAUUUGGCUCCUACCUUUAACACGGCGAUGAUUGUACUGUAUUAACUUUUCUCUGUUUGUGGAAUGGGUCUGUACUAUUAAUAUUUUUUGUUGUUUUGAAAGAGAGUUUCUCUGUGUAGCCUUGGCUGUCCUAGAACUAGCUCUUGUAGAGAGCAGCCUGGCCUCGAACUCAAGAGAUUCACCUGCCUGAUGGGUGUUAUUUAUAAUAUUUAACUUGGAAUUCAUAAUAGCAAAAUUUCUAGUUUGGUUAAAUUGUUUUGUGUUUUUGUUUUAAGUGACAAAUCACUUUUGUAAAAAUAAUUGACAAAGCUUUCUUUGUGUUCUGGUGUAGUUCAUACAGUUUGGGGAAAACUUGAUGAUUUUUGAAAGUGUUAUACCUAACAGCUAUAUUUAUUUUAAAAUGGUGAUUACACUUGUUUUUUCCUUCCUCCUCUUUCUUUGGUGGUAGGAUUGAGCCCAGGAUCUUGUACAUGAUAGAUGAGCAUGUUACCACCAAGCUGCCUCCAGCCUAGGUUCUGUGUCUAACAAAGUUACUGCUGGUAAUUUGCAUGUCCCCUCAAUGUGUUGGCGUUAACUUAGUCUUAGAAGUUUGCCAUUUUUUCUAUAUCAGCCCCCCCCCCCAACUUUUAUUUUUAGGUUUUUAGUUUAGUAGUAUUUUAUUGUCUUUGUACUUUCUUUAAAACAAAAAAACAAACAAAAAAAACCAGCCUUAGAUUAUUCCUUCCUUAAAUUAGGUGGUUCCUUAGUUUAGUUCCAGGGGAAGAUUGAAGUUUAAACGCUCAUUGAUAGUCAGCUUGGAACAUAUUUACUGCUGGUCUUGUAGGGCAAACCCAGCCUGUUCUUUUGUUUAACAGCUCAAGGAUUUAUUAAGUUAUUUGUGUAAAAUUUAAUUGCUAAUUGCAUUAACAGAAGAUCAGUGUAGAAAGACUCUACAGUUUCUGCAGCUGCCAAUUUAAAAACAUUGUUCUAGUUACGGAAAGGCCCAAUAUUCUUGCCAGUGUUUAGGACAUGUGGAGACCAUUACUGGUGUUAGUACUACAACUGCAGCAUCUCCGAGACCUAACAUAGCAUAUUUAGGAAAAGUGGUAAUAGAAGUCGUGUUCAUGUCGGUAAGGUAUAGUAGUUACUUUUAGUGUUGGUGUUGUGGUAGGACAGUGAUGUUAACUGUUCAUAGUUAGUUUACCCGUGGUGGCCCAUGCCCUUAAUCCCAGCAUUUGGGAGGCAGGGGCAGGUAGAAUCUCUAGUUCAAGGCCAUCUGGUCUACAUAGGAGUUCCAUGACAGUCGGGGUUACAUAGACUAAUUCUCAACAAACAACCCCAAGCAAAAAUAAUUAAUAAAACCAUAAAUAAAUGUUCAAAGUUUAUAUUUGUGGUAUUGCAUAGAACCCAUUUUCAUAAUGCUGGGCAAGCACUUUAGCACUGAACUAUAUAAAAAGUACAAAAUGGCAAUAUGUGAUUUUUUUUUAAAGUAGUUACCAGACAAUUAAGAAGAGAAUUAGUUUGAAUAAAGUAGUUGAAGGUGAGCGUACAGUAAACUAUAAAUAGAAGGCAUAUAGAGUAGCUCCACCUGUCAUUCCAGCACUCAGAAAGCUGAGACAGGAAGAUUGUUGUGAUUCAAAGGCAGCCUGGGCUGUUGUAAGAAUUCUUUUUCAAAAAAUCAAAACCUAGCAAUAGCAAAUGAGUCGCCAGGUGAGGAUGCCUGCUGCUAAGCCUGACUACCUGGGUUCAGUUCUUCGAGACCACAUGAUAGAAAGGGAAGGCUGACUUGGGGGCUGUCAUCUGACCUUCACUAGGAAAACACAACGACACAAAACCCAUUAAGUUCUAAUGUAGUAGAAAGGCUUUGUUUUGUUUUGAGAGAGGGUCUCUUUGUGUAGUCCUGGCUAUCUUUGAAGUUACUUACUAUUUAGACCAGGCUGUCCUCAGUCAGACAGACUCAAGGAGUACCCUCUGCCUCUUCAGUGCUGGGAUUUAAGGUAUUGCACUACCAUGCCCAGCCUAAGUUGUUGUUGUUUAAAUGCAAGGUUAUAUAUAUGACUCAUUGAGAAAGGGACUGCGUAAGAAAAACACUCAGCUAAGUUAACAAAUUAUCAGAUGACUAGGCCAGCAAUUAAUUAAAUACCCAGUUUGGUAAAAGAUGACUGCAGGGAUUCGAGGAACAAAGGAAAUGGACAAGGAAGCACUUCCUUAUAACACUAACGUUUCUUUACCCUGCAUUGCAGUUGAUGGGAAAUGAUUUUUUUAAGUUUUACCUGUGGAUGGUUUUAUUUCAUAUAUUUUUGUCCAAUGUAGAUUAAAUUAAUCUCUCUAUUUUAUGUUUAAAUACCGUCUUCAUCCUCGUUUUACACAUUGCACUCCAGUACUGCACUUACAGCUAAAGACAGAAUACUCUACUUGAGGAGACGCGAGUAGGACUUUGAAAAUCUCAGCAAAAGGAGUUGUGACUGAUGAGAAUUGAAGGCCAUGGAUGAAGAUGGACUUGAAUUACAAUCACAGGCGCCAAACUCAUUUUUUGAUGCAACAGGAGCUGGUGCUACACACAUGGAUGGGGAUCAAAUUGUUGUGGAAGUACAAGAAACGGUUUUUGUGUCAGAUGUUGUGGAUUCAGACAUAACCGUGCACAACUUUGUUCCUGAUGACCCAGACUCAGUUGUAAUCCAAGAUGUUAUUGAGGACGUUGUUAUAGAAGAUGUCCAGUGUCCAGAUAUCAUGGACGAAGCAGAUGUAUCAGAAACAGUCAUCAUCCCAGAGCAAGUGCUGGACUCAGAUGUAACUGAAGAAGUUUCUUUAACACACUGCACAGUUCCGGAUGAUGUUUUAGCUUCUGAUAUUACUUCAGCCUCGAUAUCUAUGCCUGAACAUGUCUUGACAAGUGAAUCUAUACAUGUGUCUGACGUUGGUCACGUUGAACAUGUGGUUCACGAUACUGUAGUAGAAGCAGAAAUCGUCACUGAUCCUUUGGCCGCCGAUGUUGUUUCAGAAGAAGUGUUGGUAGCAGACUGUGCCUCUGAAGCAGUCAUAGAUGCCAAUGGGAUCCCUGUGGAUCAGCAAGAUGAUGACAAAACCAACUGUGAGGACUACCUUAUGAUUUCCUUGGAUGAUGCUGGCAAAAUAGAACAUGAUGGUUCAUCUGGAUUGACCAUGGACACGGAAACUGAAAUCGACCCUUGUAAAGUGGAUGGCACUUGCCCUGAAGUCAUCAAGGUGUACAUUUUUAAAGCUGACCCUGGAGAAGAUGACUUAGGUGGAACUGUAGACAUUGUGGAAAGUGAGCCUGAGAAUGAUCAUGGAGUUGAACUACUUGAUCCAAACAACAGUAUUCGGGUUCCCAGGGAAAAGAUGGUUUAUAUGACUGUUAAUGACUCUCAGCAAGAAGAGGAAGAUUUAAAUGUUGCCGAAAUUGCCGACGAAGUUUAUAUGGAAGUGAUUGUUGGGGAGGAAGAUGCUGCAGCCGCAGCUGCAGCUGCAGUGCACGAACAACAAAUAGAUGACAAUGAAAUGAAAACUUUCAUGCCAAUUGCAUGGGCAGCUGCUUAUGGUAAUAAUUCUGAUGGAAUUGAAAACCGGAAUGGCACUGCAAGUGCUCUCUUGCACAUAGAUGAGUCUGCUGGCCUCGGCAGACUGGCUAAACAAAAACCAAAGAAAAGGAGAAGACCUGAUUCCAGGCAGUACCAAACAGCAAUAAUUAUUGGCCCAGAUGGACAUCCCCUGACUGUCUAUCCUUGCAUGAUUUGUGGGAAGAAGUUUAAGUCGAGAGGUUUCUUGAAAAGGCACAUGAAAAACCAUCCUGAACACCUUGCCAAGAAGAAGUACCGCUGUACUGACUGUGAUUACACUACCAACAAGAAGAUAAGUUUACACAAUCACCUGGAGAGCCACAAGCUAACCAGCAAGGCAGAGAAGGCCAUAGAAUGUGAUGAGUGUGGAAAGCACUUCUCUCAUGCUGGGGCUUUGUUUACUCAUAAAAUGGUGCAUAAGGAAAAAGGAGCCAACAAAAUGCACAAGUGUAAAUUCUGUGAAUACGAAACAGCUGAACAAGGCUUAUUGAAUCGCCACCUUUUGGCAGUCCACAGCAAGAACUUUCCUCACAUUUGUGUAGAGUGUGGCAAAGGUUUCCGUCACCCAUCAGAGCUCAAAAAGCACAUGCGAAUCCAUACUGGGGAGAAGCCCUAUGAAUGCCAGUACUGCGAAUACAGGUCUGCAGACUCUUCUAACUUGAAAACACAUGUAAAAACUAAGCAUAGUAAAGAGAUGCCGUUCAAGUGUGACAUUUGUCUUCUGACUUUCUCAGAUACCAAAGAGGUGCAACAACAUGCUCUUAUCCAUCAGGAGAGCAAAACACACCAGUGUUUGCAUUGCGACCAUAAGAGUUCCAACUCAAGUGAUUUGAAGCGACACAUAAUUUCAGUUCACACAAAGGACUAUCCUCAUAAGUGUGAUAUGUGUGAUAAAGGCUUUCACAGGCCUUCAGAACUCAAGAAACAUGUGGCUGCCCACAAGGGUAAAAAGAUGCACCAGUGUAGACAUUGUGACUUUAAGAUUGCAGAUCCGUUUGUGCUAAGUCGCCAUAUUCUCUCGGUUCAUACAAAGGACCUUCCAUUUAGGUGUAAGAGGUGUAGAAAGGGAUUUCGUCAACAGAGUGAGCUUAAAAAGCAUAUGAAGACACACAGUGGCCGGAAGGUGUACCAGUGUGAGUACUGUGAAUAUAGCACUACAGAUGCCUCAGGCUUUAAGCGGCACGUUAUCUCCAUUCAUACGAAAGACUACCCUCACCGCUGUGAGUACUGCAAGAAAGGAUUCCGGAGACCCUCGGAAAAGAACCAGCACAUAAUGCGCCAUCAUAAAGAAGUUGGCCUGCCCUAACAGUAGUCUUCACCGAUGUUUGCAGAGAAACUGGCCUUGAAACAGAAAAUUCAUUUAAAAGCCAAUCAGUCUUGUUCACAUACAAUACUGUAUCAAAUUGAUUUAUGCUGUGUACAAAUAGAAAUAUUGCUUCUAGUUGACUUUGUUUUUACAUUUCGUUCAAUAGUGUGUUCUGAAUUCUAUUCAGUUUGUUUAAUACAUGGGGAAACACAGCAACAAAUUAGUUGCUUUUACUAAAGUAAUCCCUGGUUCUAUACUGAAGUUUUCUAUCUUAGAGGUUUUAUAUUUAUUUUAAAAUAUUUACCUUGCUUACCUUGAUGGUACUCUUCUAAGACCAUUUAACUCAUGGUAACUUCGCAUUGGUAACUGAAGGUCUUCAUGUUGACUCAAUUUUUUUCUCACAAAUUUCUCACAAUAAAAUUGUCAGAGAUAUUUAAUAGGAAUGGGAGAUUUUUACAGUGAGGUCUCAUGAUCAUAACAUGGAAGUCAUUUCCUUGUCUUGCUUAGUAUUUGCAGGCUAUAUGACAGUGAAAGUUUCCAUAUGAACUUUCGUGUCCCUGGCAUUGCUGAGUAAAAGAACAGUGGCUGGGUUUGUGUUUACUUUUCUUUUUUAUUUCUUUUUAGUGGACAAAAUAUACUUCUUUUUUCUUUAGACUAUCUUUUGUCAGUGUAGUAAACUUUUAGAAAACCUUGUUGGAAAUUUUUGCUUGAUCCUGUUGUAUUUUGAUUAUUCUGUCUGUGCUGCUUUGUCUUGGAAUGGUUGUGUGCUACAAAUGAAAUUUAACUGAGGACUGCAUUUUGGAAUCUCCUAGGGGUAACUUGUGGCUCAUAGGAUCUUUUGCAACUUUAUAUAUGUAAAUGUACCCUGAAUUAUAUAUAUCUAUCUAUAUAUACACAUAUAUAUGUAACAUGUAUCUGUGUGUAUUGCUUAUUUUACAUACUUAUACACACAACCCCCAGUAGUAGUUGCUUAAAAUCUAUAAUGAAAAGUAUUAAAUUUACAGUAACGUGAAAGAUCCAGGGAUGCAAGAGAGAGCAUUUUGUAAGUCUUGCUCUUCAGAGAGACUACUCAGGUGAAGAAUUAGAAGGAAAAUAAGGACACUAGUAUUUUUAAAGAGUAAAGGUAUUUUCUUUUAAAUAUCUUUGGUAAUUGAAAAAUAAUUGAAAAAAUAGAGGUUAAGAUGUUUAUAGAUACAAUGUUUUCAUACAGUUUCAACUCCAUGCCUUUAUAUUUUUCUGAAAAGCUAAUGGGUAUCCAGACAGGAAUCCCUCAGUUCUCUCUGAGAAACGGGAGAGAGAACUCUUGUCUGACCAAGCGAGAGGGACAGAAAGGGAGUGAUGGCUCCAUGGACCAGAGAACGGGUGCUAAUAAGGACUUAGACUUGGCAAGUUGAGCCUGCUCUGUUAGUUCUUAGUUAACCUGAAAAACCUUAACACUCGGUUGUCUUGGAUUACACGAUAGAGGUGUGGUCCAAGUGUGUGAACAGUCUGAGGCCUCAUGUGGAUCCUCACCAAGUCUUUGACAGUUUUGUUUUUGAGAGCUGGCAGUUCGUAACAUACAGGACUGAGCGCUGAUAAAAUUUGUAAAAAGUUGGUUACUGAGAUUUUGUUAAGAUGUCUUUUGGAAAACAGUUUCUAGAGUCCCUGGAAUUGGCUGUUGGCACACGGGUCUGGCACAUCAUGGGGAGACUUAGAAGUUUUCUUCCCACUCGAUAGCUGCCUUGCCGCCUCAUUAUGGUGCUCCAUCCCUUUUGUGCCGUUAGGUUUUUACCUUUCAUCUUUCUCUUAGUCAUCAAUAUUUGUAUUCAAAAGUUUAUAUUUUUGGGGUUAGAUGUCUUGAAUAUUUGGUGUUUGGCAAACCUCUGAAGUGCUAGAUUGAUUUAGUCUAGUUCUAAAUCAAAUUCUUAAGGCUGGUAUGAACUCCAUCCUCAAUGCCAGUCAAAGCCAAGGCGUAGAUUCCCUAGCCUUUCCAUCCAAUAGGGAAUUCUUUCGCCUUUGUAGCCUCUGCAAUGUGCUUUAAAAAUGCAUCACAACUCAACUAUGAUUUGAUUUAUGCCCUGUUAUUCUUGAAAGCUCUGUCUUUUUUUGUGAGAACUUAAAAAAUCUACUUUAUUAUUUUCCCCAGAAGUAAUUUAAACACCUAACAUUGAAAUUUAUGAAAUUUAAAAAUCAUCUACAAUCAGUACAGAAAAUAUAAAUGAUUGGAUCAUUUAACAUAUUUUUUUAAUAAACUGAAAGAUAAGGAACACAACACUUUACACACUUUAUAUUUCUCUUUACAUGAUCUGGAACCAUACACAGUUCUUUUCUUUUUUUAAAGCACAAUAUUGAAGCCUUUAAAAGGUAUUUAAGGGUUUGGUCAAGUGAAUAUAAAAUGUGUUUGUCUGUAUAAAGAGAAAAUGAAGUAGUCACUGUUAUGUACUGACAUUAGUUACAACCUAGUUUUAAUUCUUAAAACAAUUUUGAUUAGCAAAGCUAAAAAGGAUGUUUCAGUUAAAUGUUUUAAAGAGGUACAGAUUUUUACAAGGACAUAAUAUAAGUUAUUGUUCUGUAGAAAUAUCCUAUUAAAUAUUGUAUGUCCCUCCCUCUGUAUACUUUGUAAAAAAAAGUAAAAUACAUAAAAAGAAAAUCAUAUAGGGGAUGUGUGACAUUAUUGUAAUUGUGUACUUGAGAAUAACGUGCAAAAAUAAAAAUCAGAAUAUUUUCCUGUUAAUGAAUGUUCAGUCUAUUUGAUACCAGUACUAAGUUAAUGCUUUUUCUUAAGAAAGAAAAUGUACAGUUUUUGUAAACCUAAUAAACAUCAAAAGCAGUGGAUUAUUUUCAUCCCCCUAUUUCUUAAUUCCUUUUAUGCAGCAGUGGAAUGCAAAAUGCUUGAUUGCUUUGAAUUUUGUGACUUGGAUGCAAAUACUGAUAUUUCAGUCCUGUGAAUUUGCAAGUAACAUUACAGAGAAGUUAAGAGGUGAUUGGUGAGUCCUUUGAUGAGCAUGUCCUUGAAAUUCAUUUUUUCUUUUAUCUUUGUAAAUGAUUUAUUUUAUUAGCAUCCUGUUAGAAAUUACCUGCGCAUAAAGUGGGUUUUGAAAGCACUUAAAAUUUGUUUUAUUAUCAAUUCGCAACAUAUUUAGUCUGAGGGAGACUAUCACUAUUCAGAAGCCCUACCUUUGAGUUGCCCAUUUGUGCCUAGGUUGGAGGCCUCUAGUAGAACCCAACAUGCUGGAGGAUGGUCACUGUAGUAGUAAAAAUUGCAAGUUGGGUAAAAGUUGUCAGGAUUCAUGAGAAAGAUUAGCAGCACUUUGGAGUUUUUUUCAAUGAGAUUCUGUGAUGUAGAACCAGCGUUGGCCUAAGAAGAGGUAACAAAUAACCAAAACUUAAGAUAAAUGUCCAAGAGAAUGGUGGACAUCACACUCAGAGUCUUAAGUUUGACCAAACCAGGACUUGCUGGAAAAUGUGAUCCCGCUCAUUCUGCUAAAAUAUGCAGCCCUAUUGUUGCCUGGGAUCUCGCUAUUAAUUUCCUGCAAAAUCUUAGAUUUGUGUAAGGAAAAGCAGGAUCAGUGAGCAUCUUAAGGAGGAACGAUGUCAGAGUAAAGCCUGGCAGCAUGGUAAUCUCCUGGGGUGUGGUUAAAGCCGCAGGUUCUCUGCCCUAUGCCAGUCCCCAGUGAACUGGGACAAGGCACAAGCCCUAGUAGCCUGUGUUUUAGGAAGCUGUCCCAGUGAUUCUGUUGCAUGCUCAAGUUUAGUGAAAGUGAGCUUAGAGCACUUGAAGAACCUAAAAAUUGCUUAGUGUGACGUUUUUGUAUAGUAGGAAGCUCACAAAAAAGCAGCUAGAGAUGGCACAGUGAGAAUAAAUUAGGCCUCAGAGACUUUUGCUUUAUCCUUUCUGUAAAAGUCUGAGCCAGUCACUUAAGUAUAUCCUUCAGUGCACAUCUGAAUAGCUUGCACCUCCUACUUUUACAUAGCCCCCAAUGUUGCAUUCCUCAAAGGUAGGACGACUUGAUAAGUAAAGAGGACUGAAAAUUGUGCGUUCGUGUGUGUGUGUCUAAUUGGCCCAGAGUUACUAAAGUAGUUCAUAUUAAAAAGGACAUUUUGCUGCAUUUUACAGCUUUUUAGGAGGUCAAAAUUAAGUUUGCCCUAUGAAUUUUGUUUUAUCUUUUGUUUCAUGUAUAUAUUGUUUGCCUUUUUCAUAAAAUAAUUCUUGGAUUUGUUAUAUAUUGUUCCUGUUAUUUUUGACAUCUUUGCUAUUGUAAAUAAAUUCCUAUUUUGUUUUAA